GCGUUCUUUCUUAUUUGACGUCGUGCUGUAACUUACUGGUACUUAGCAGGCUCGGUAUAAACGCUAGGAGCGUCCAAUAGUUUCGCCAUCUAUAAUCGUCCGUUCGUCCAUAUUAUUUUAUUCAUCUUAAAGCUAUCUACUCCUUUUGCAUAGUCACGUUUUACCGUGGAUCUGUAAAUUUGUGGGUCUUUGAACGUUUGCUGUAAACGAAUAUUAUAAACAAAUUAUAUUGUCAUUAACGAUCACGUUGUUUUAUGUCAAAUAAAUAUUGACACGGUGAAGUUGAAGAAAUAUGUUUAACCAAAGUGGUGGUUUGCGAACCGGCACAACAAACACGUCUAAUCCAAUGCAGGACUUUGAGGUUACCUCUCCUCCCGACGACUCUAUUUCCAGUCUUGCAUUUAGUCCUGCCUCUAUUCCUCAAAAUUUUUUAGUAGCUGGCUCUUGGGACUGCAAUGUCCGUUGCUGGGAAGUCGAGCAAUCUGGUAAAACAGUUCCUAAAUCAAUGCAGUCCAUGGCUGAGCCAGUUCUUGAUGUUUGUUGGAGCGACGAUGGCACAAAAGUAUUCAUGGCGUCUUGCGACAAAACAGCAAAAUGUUGGGAUCUCGCAUCAAAUCAAAGUAUACAAGUCGCAGCUCACGAUGCACCCAUCAAAAAUUGUCAUUGGAUUAAAGCUAGUACAUACUCGUGCCUUAUGACAGGUUCUUGGGAUAAAACAUUAAGAUUUUGGGAUUUGAGAAGUCCAAAGCCAGCCAUGACUCUUAACUUAAUAGAAAGAUGUUAUUGCGCGGAUGUUGAUUAUCCAAUGGCAGUUGUAGGAACUGCAGGACGUGGACUUAUCGUUUAUCAAUUGGAGGGCAGCCCUAGGGAAUUCAAAACAGUAGAAUUAAAUUUGAAAUAUCAAUAUAGAUGUGUUGCAAUUUUCAGGGACAAGAAAAAAGUGCCCACUGGUUUUGCAAUAGGUAGUACGGAAGGUCGUGUUGCUAUACAUCACUUGAAUUUAAGUUCAAAAGAGAAUUUCACUUUUAAAUGUCAUAGAGUAAAUGGAACACCCAAUGGAUAUCAAGAGAUUUAUGCGGUUAAUGAUAUUGCAUUUCAUCCGGUUCAUGGAACUGUUGCUACUGUUGGAUCAGAUGGUACUUUUGGAUUUUGGGAUAAAGAUUCACGAACUAAAUUGAAAGCUUCUGACCCUAUGGAGCAACCUAUCGCUAAAUGUUGCUUUAAUCACAAUGGACAAAUAUUUGCUUAUGCAGUAUCGUAUGAUUGGUCAAAGGGUCACGAGUAUUAUAAUCCGGCGAAGAAAAAUUCCAUAUUCCUUAGACCGUGUUUUGAAGAAUUAAAACCUAAAGCUACACCAUAAGACAGCAGGAGUAUUUUCUAAUCUAGCUAAGAUUUUUUUUUAAAUUCUGAUGUGUUUCAAGAUACAGGUUUUUUAAUAAUUACAUUUAUAAUAAUAAUAAUAUACUGUUUACAUUAAUAAAUUACAUACCUUUUCUAUCUUUCA